GGCGGCUACGCGCGCGCUUUUCCAGUCGUUCCCCGCCCCGUGGCACGCUGGUCUCCCAGGGCCGCCCCAGCCAUGUGCUCGUUAGCGUCAGGCACUACCGGCGCCGCGGAGGAGGAGGACCCUCCAGGCCUGACAGACAGCGGAGAUGAGGCCAACUGGGAGGAUGAGGACGAUGCGGAUCUCCCCCACGCCGAGCAGGAGACCCCCUGCCUCUUCUGUGACAGGUUAUUUACAUCUGCUGAAGACACAUUUUCACAUUGUAAGUCAGAGCAUCAAUUUAGUAUUGAUAACAUGGUUCAUAAACAUGGACUUGAAUUUUAUGGAUACAUUAAACUGAUAAAUUUUAUUAGACUUAAGAAUCCUACAGUUGAAUAUAUGAAUUCCAUAUACAACCCAGUGCCUUGGGAGAAAGAAGAAUAUUUAAAGCCAGUAUUAGAAGAUGACCUUUUACUUCAAUUUGAUGUAGAAGAUCUUUAUGAACCGCUGUCAGUCCCAUUCUCAUAUCCCAAUGGGCUCAGUGAAAAUGCAUCUCUUGUUGAAAAAUUGAAACACAUGGAAGCCAGGGCACUAGCUGCUGAAGCUGCAUUGGCUGGAGCACGUGAGGACCUGCAAAAAAUGAAACAAUUUGCUCAGGAUUUUGUGAUGAACGCAGAUGUCAGAGCCUGCCCGUCAUCUACCACUGCCAUUGCAGACCUCCUGGAGGAUGAGGAUGGUGUUUAUUUCAGCUCCUACGGGCAUUAUGGGAUACACGAAGAAAUGCUCAAGGACAAAGUACGAACAGAAAGUUACCGAGAUUUUAUAUACCAAAACCCGCAUAUCUUCAAAGACAAGGUAGUUUUGGAUGUUGGUUGUGGAACUGGAAUUCUUUCUAUGUUUGCUGCUAAAGCAGGGGCAAAGAAGGUUCUUGGAGUUGAUCAGUCUGAAAUACUUUACCAGGCAAUGGAUAUCGUAAGAUUAAAUAAACUUGAAGAUACUAUUACACUAAUUAAAGGAAAAAUUGAAGAAGUUCGUCUUCCUGUAGAAAAAGUGGAUGUUAUUAUAUCUGAAUGGAUGGGCUAUUUUCUUCUCUUUGAGUCUAUGUUAGAUUCUGUCCUUUAUGCAAAGAACAAAUACUUGGCAAAAGGAGGAUCGGUCUACCCUGAUAUUUGCACUAUCAGCCUUGUGGCAGUAAGUGAUAUGAAUAAGCAUGCUGAUAGAAUUGCUUUUUGGGAUGACGUCUAUGGCUUCAACAUGUCCUGCAUGAAGAAAGCAGUCAUUCCGGAGGCUGUGGUGGAUAUUUUAGAUCCAAAGACACUUAUUUCAGACGCCUGUAGUAUUAAGCAUAUAGAUUGUCAUACGACAUCUGUUUCAGAUUUGGAAUUUUCUUCACAUUUUACCCUGAAAAUCACAGAGACAUCAUUGUGCACGGCAAUUGCUGGCUACUUCGAUAUAUAUUUUGAGAAGAAUUGCCACAACAAGGUUGUGUUUUCUACGGGCCCACUGAGCACCAAAACACACUGGAAACAAACAAUAUUUCUGUUGGAAAAGCCAUUUCCAGUUAAAGCAGGUGAAGCCUUGAAAGGAAAGAUCACAGUGCACAAGAAUAAGAAAGAUCCACGUUCUCUCAUUGUGACCCUUACAUUGAACAAUACAACUCAAACUUAUGGUCUCCAGUAAAAAGGCUACAAAAGCA